CGGUUUGAAUAAAAAAGUGAACGCGCGGCGUCCAAACGUUUGACUGCCUCUCGAGUGAAAGUGAAAGACAUCAAAGCCCUUCCGUGUGUGAGCUGUGAGGGUCUUGUGGUUUUGUCCCAUGAUGCUCGGAGCACACGGCUCUGUCAGCAUCUACGCCCUCCGCGCCAGAUGCAGACGAUGAACGCUCGCGGGUGGGUUCUCCUCUCGGCCCUGCGCUUAAUGUGCGUGUCUUCAAAUGACGAGCCGAACCUCCAUUCCGACGUCUGUGCGAAGCGGACUCGCUCCGCUCAUCUCGGCUCCUCCGUGCUCCUGCCGUGCAUCUUUGCGGCAAAUGAUUCCGACCCGGUGAUCUGGGCCCACGGGGCCAAGCGCGACCUGGUCCGGCUCAACUCGGAGGGCCGCAUCAAGUUCGUGGACCACAGGUACGGUCGCCUGAAGGCCUUUCCGAACCAGGGCUCGCUGGGGAACUACUCCAUCCGCAUCGACCAGCUCCAAGGCUCUGACCUGGGCCUUUAUAACUGCACGCGGGGACGCGGCUGCGUGGAAGUGGAGCUGCUUGCUGAGAGAGGUGCAGCGGGCGGAGAGAACAUUGUGCUGAUCUACGCCUGCGUUGGCGUGGCUGUUUUCGUCCUGGUGUGCAUCGCCGGCUACUGUCUCAUGAAGUGCAUGUCGUGCUGUUGUGACAGAAAAAUGGAAAAUACAAACAACCCUGAAGAUGCGAUCCCUGAAGCCGCCAGUGCUCCGCCAGAGGGAACAAGCAGAGGGCCGACAGGUCAACGGCAGAGCGGUGAGGGCGACAAUAAUCUUGUUUAUGAAAACGAUGAUCAAGACCCAUCCAUCCAGCAGGAUUACUUGAACAGGAAUUACUGCCAUCCAAUAGAUCGGCCUCCGCCCACCCAGGGCACCGGCGGGGACGAUCCAAACCAGCUGGGGCAAAGUCAGGGGGCCAAACAGGGGUUUCACCGAGACCUCUUCAACAGAUUACGGCAAGCAAGCAUUGGUCGGCAUUAUUACGCUAACCAAAUUGAAAUGAUGAGGCAACAAGCCACAUCCGCCCAGGCAGACAAUAAUAGCGGAGCAGCAGCAGCAGCAGGUUUUGGGAAGAAGAAGAAGAAAAAAAACAAGAAAAAUGGUGAAAUCCGAAACCCGAUUUACAACCAGAGCGCAGAGCAGCUCAACCUCCAGUAGAGAGCGACGGGGCCUUUAAACUGCUUUUCUCAACGCCAAAUGAGUCCAUUGACUAUUCAAUUUACUUAUUACAUCUUGACAAACUUGACACGUUGGUUUUAAAAAUCUGACAUAGUGUAUUUCAUGCACAAGAAGCGGCCUUUUCAUGUGCUGAUUGAGAUUUAAAAAACAACAACCUGUGUAUGAUUUUGCAUGUGAGAAACAAUACUUUUUUGUCUAAACGCAUUGCUUGUAUGCUUUCAGUUUGAUCUGCUGAUUAAAUUUUUAAAAAACUGUGUUGGUUAUUUUGAACAAACUAAACUCACACCUGCAGAGUCUCGUGUAGUCUAUAUGGAGUAUAAGGAGAGAGCAAACUCCAGAAAACGGCUGAUUCCCAGCACAGUUUUUU